AGGCACAAAGUGAUAUACUAGGGAGUUGUACCUACAAGAAUGAAUUGUUUGUGUUCUCUAUGCACCAUGGAUCAACGCUUGACGAAGUCUACACUCUUAUUGCUAAAAGGUGGUCGAAUGUUAAUUUCCAAUCCGUCAUGCUAUGUUAUAUUGCGCCAAAAGAAAACAAAAGAGUUAGUUUAUCCAAUGAUGGGGAUGUCAAAAACAUGAUUCGGUUACAUGUUUUUUGGAAAAUUAAUAUUGUCGAGAUAGUUGCCAUUGAAAGAAUUGAAAGGCCGAAUGAUAGAGUUCAAUCCAUCCAGAUGAACAUGAAUAGGAAAAUUGUAUCGUAUGAUGAUUUCUCGGAGGGAGAACAUGAGUUGUUGCAAGAUAAAUCGAUUGAUUCUUGGAGAACUUGCAUAAAAGGAGAGGGGCAAAUAUUCAAUGGGGCCGAUGAAUUUCGAAAGAGUGUUAAGAACUACGUGAUUGCUAAUAGCCGGUCCUUUAAAUAUAAGAAAAAUGACAAGCAGAAGGUCAUCGUUUGUUGUAGUGAUGCGGAUUGUGAAUGGAGAAUAUAUGCAUCAUUAUACAAAGGUGACCAGUUGUUUGCUAUCCGAAAAUGCAAUCUCGUCCAUACUUGUGGAGUGUCCAAUCUUCGGACAAGGGGGCAUCCGAACGCAGACUCUAAUUGGGUAUCAAGUACAAUCAAAGAAAAAUUGCGAGAUGAGCCGAGUUACAGGCCUUGCACGAUAUUGAAAGAUCUUCACAGGGACUACGGGUUGGAGUUGUCUUACAAAAAGGCAUGGUUAGGGAAGGAAAUUGCCAUGCAAGAUAUUCAUGGAGUAGACCGGGGCUCUUACGAUAGGUUGAGAUGGUAUAGUAGCGCAGUGCGUGAGACAAACCCCGGAAGCAUUGCCGACUGUGAGAUUGACUCUUUCGACAACAAGUUUCGCCGACUGUUCAUUUGCUUUCAUGCAUGCCUCGUUGGUUUUUUAACCGAUUGUCGACCCUUAAUAUUUCUUGAUGGCACUCUCAUAAAAAGUAAAUGCAAAGGUUGUUUGCUUAGUGCUGUGAGUAAGGAUGCCAAUGAUGAUUUGUUCACUAUAGCAUUUGUCGUGGUUGAUGCCGAGACCGAUGAAAAUUGGCAGUGGUUUUGCUCGAAGCUGAAUAAUGGUUUUCUUUCCUCGUGCUUACCUGUUCCUAGAAGCUUCACAUUUUUUACGGACCGACACAGUGGGCUACUUAAAUCCAUCCUAUUGGUUUUUCCUGGCAGUCAUCAUGCUUAUUGUUUGAGACACUUAGUCGAGAACUUUAAGAAGCAA